GCGGGCCGAGCGCGGAGCCAUGGGCCGGCUUGGGGCCGGGGGCACGGCGCGGGCGGCAGCGGCUGGGCCGCUGCUGUUGCUACUGCUGCUCCUCGCUCGGCCCCCGCCUGCCGCCGCCGGCGACAGCAAGAAGAGCGAGGCUGGGCUGGUGUCUGAGCACUUCUCACAGGCCCCACAGAAGCUGUCCUUCUACAGCUGGUAUGGCAGCGCCCGGCUCUUCCACUUCCGAGUGCCCCCAGACACAGUGCUGCUUCGCUGGCUGCUCCAUGUGUCCCAGAGUGGUCCCUCAUGCACCGACGUAGAAAUCACAGUGCAUUUCCGCUAUGGCGCCCCUCCUGUCAUCAACCCGCUGGGCACUAGCUUUCCCGACAACACCUUGAGCCAGGCCUCUUUCCACAUCAGGACAUUGUUGAGUACCAUGCUACUGGGCAACACCUCUGUCAACAUCUCCCACCCGGCCCCUGGGGACUGGUUCGUGGUUGCUCACCUCCCCCCCUCGUCCCAGAAGAUCGAGGUGAAGGGCUCUGUUCCUACCUGUGCCCACACCUUCCAGCCUGAUAUGCUGGCCCUGAGGGUGGUUGAAGUCUCCAUCCUGGAACCUGAUGUACCCCUGUCACAGACGCUGCUCUCCCACCCCAGCUACCUCAAGAUCUUUGUCCCUGAAUACACCCAGGAGCUUCGGUUGGAACUGCAGGGCUGUGUGUCCAGUGUGAGCCCCGGCUGCCCAGUGCGUCUCACAGUGGGUGCAUCCACCCUGCCUAGAAACUUCCAAAAGGUGCUGAGUUGCACUGGCCUCACUCCAGCCUGCCGUUUGCUACUGUCCUCACCACCCUGGGGCCGGUGGCUACAGGUGACAGUUGAGAGCCUGGCAGGACCUCAUGUGUCAAUGGUCUUCACUGCUAAAGCUGCCUUUACAGUGUGCAGGCCAUGGAGUGUGACCUUCCAUCGUCUUAUGCAAAACAACCCAAACCAGAGCUAUGACACCUCUGUGGGCCGGCUGCCCCAAAGCCCUGCCCACUGGGGACUGGGCAGGAGUAGAGGGGCAGGCAGUGGCCCCUUCUGUCUCCUGAACUAUCCAGUCAUGAGAGAAGACACGGACGUGGUGUCUGUACACUUCCAGCCCCUGAAUGGGGCCUCCAUGCUGGUGCAUUCAAACAUACCUUCUGUAAUGCAGCUCCGUCUUGACACAGGCAUGGACAGCGGGGGCUCUCUCAUCAUACUCCUGAGGGCUAACCAGACAGAGGUCACAAAUGGCACCUUGGUAGCAGCUUGUGUGAAUGCUGCCUCUCCCUUCCUCGGCUUCAACACCUCACUCAACUGCACCACAGCCUUCUUCCAGGGCUAUCCCAUGUUUAUGAGCGCCUCCUCUCACGUGGCCAACCUCAUCAUCCCCUAUCCGGAGACAGACAACUGGUACCUCUCCUUGCAGCUUGUAUGCCCUGCGAGUUCUGAGGACUGUGAGCAGGCUAAAGCUCAUGUGGAGACCAUCUUGUAUCUGGUGCCCUGUUUGAAUGACUGUGGGCCUUAUGGCCAGUGCCUCCUGCUCCGUAGAUAUGGCUAUCUGUAUGCAGGCUGCAGCUGUAAAGCAGGUUGGCGCGGGUGGAGCUGCACAGACAACAGCACAGCCCAGACUGUGGCCCAGCAGAAGGCCGCAGCGCUGCUGCUCACACUCAGCAACCUCAUGUUCCUGGCCCCCAUCGCGGUGUCAGUACAGCGCUCCUUCCUGGUCGAGGCCUCCGUCUACUUUUACACCAUGUUCUUCUCCACGUUCUACCACGCCUGUGACCAGCCCGGGGAGGCGGUGUUGUGCAUCCUCAGCUAUGACACGCUUCAGUACUGCGACUUUCUGGGCUCUGGGGCGUCCACUUGGGUGACGAUUCUUUGCAUGGCCCGUCUGAAGACAAUCCUGAAACAGAUCCUGUUUGUCCUGGGUACACUGGUCAUCGCCAUGUCCUUGCAGAUGGAUCGCAGAGGCAUCUGGAACUUGAUGGGACCCUGCCUCUUUGCCUUUGUGAUCAUGGCCUCCAUGUGGAUGUACCGCUGUGGGCACCGGCGUCAGUGUUACCCUACCUCGUGGCAGCGCUGGGUCUUCUACCUCCUGCCUGGCAUCUCCAUGGCUGCUGUAGGCAUCACCAUCUAUACUUCCAUGAUGACCAGUGAAAACUACUACUACACGCACAGCAUUUGGCACAUCCUGUUGGCUGGUAGCGCAGCUUUCCUUCUGCCACCACGAGAGGAGCAGGCUGAGUCCUGGCCCUGCUUGCAGAAGUUGCCCUGUCAGUACCAGAUCUGCAGGAACGAUCGGGAUGAGUUGUACACAGUGACGUGAUGUGGCUGCCUCAAGGACACCUGAUACUCUGAUGACCUCUUCGUCUAGGACAGGAACAAAGAGAGGUGCCUAUCUAGCCCCAGCCAGGUUUCCAUCUGAAUAAAAUUGUCCUGCGA